CCCAAGAUGGCUCCUGUGAAUGUCUCGGUCCCAUAGCAAAUUGAGGAUGCAAGUAGCUGCCGAAAAAACAACUUUUCCCCGACCGACGCGUCCCCUGGAGUUCAAUUCUUAUGGUGCGGAGGAGGCCCUAACGGUCGUCUAGGCACCGAGCAGCCGUCGGAGCUCCGCGAAACCCUCCUUAAUCCUCCAAUUUGGAGUAGUUUCGCGAAGUAGCUCUUCUCCUCGCUGUCGCUGUCUGUCCGGAGCGAGGUUCAGACAGGCAGGCAGCUCAUCCAAAUGGCCGAACCGAGAAAAGUGCAAUUUGUCACCCUCUCGGCCUUCGCAGCUGGAGCAGCCGCGGAGUCGAAGAAACGCCGGCUGGAGGAGGAGGCCGACUUUAACUUCAGGAGAGCCGGGGAGGUCGAGUCAGCGACCGGGGCAGGAGGAGGUACUGCCACCGAUGAACGUCUCGGCAAACCCGGCGACAGGGACAGGGCUGGAGGCGAGAAGAGGGCGACGGUGCGGCUCAACCUGUCCCUCUCCGAGCCUGACGACCGCUCCUCCGUCGAGUUUAAUUACGGGGAACUCAUCCAAAACCUCCAGGCCAAGAUUAAUCCUCCAAGUCACAAUCCCAACGACCCCUUCAAUGACGAUGAGAAGGAGCGGCUUCAGGUUGAGGCCCUGGCAAAAAAGUUUGAAAAUAAAUAUGGUAACACAGGAAAGAGGAAGAGGAAGGACAGAAUGCAGGAUCUGAUUGAUAUUGGCUUUGGUUAUGAUGAGACGGACCCCUUUAUAGACAACUCAGAAGCGUAUGAUGAGCUGGUGCCUGCGUCUUUGACCACAAAGCUGGGGGGAUUUUACAUCAACACUGGGACGCUGCAGUUCAGAGCAGCCUCAGACUCUGAGGGGGAGGAGGGCAAGACACUCAGUGACAACAAGGAGCAGGUGAUCAGGAGGAGGAAGAAGAAAGAAGUCAACAAUCUGGAUGAGAAGAACCUGAAGAAGAACAGUGGACCUAAACAAGGAGUGACGGCCUUGAACGUCCACCGGCCGGAGAAGAAGAAGAGGAAGAAACUGAUGAAGGACUCUCUGUACCUGGCGGCCAUGCUCCGCCGCUUCACCCGAGAGAAGGAGGACAUGAGGAAAAGAAACCCGAACAUGGCUCACCUGGCCCAGGUGGGAGGUGCUGCUAACAAACCGCACUCCACCAACUCAACAAACCACCUGUUGGCAUCUAACUCCGCCCACUUGCAGAGCAGCGCAGCCAGCAACGACGUCACACUGGCAGACCUCACCUCAGAUCCUGCCGUGAUGUCACUGCUGGGCUCGGCCAGUGAGAAGGAGCUGCAGGAUCUCCUUGGCGACUUGGACUUUAGCUUGUUGGACACUGACCAGCAGCACGCUAUGGUGGCUGCAAGAGAGAAUGGUAUUCUGGGAGUUGGUUGUCCUGCUCCUAAAGGAGCUGGAGGAGGAGGAUCAGGAGGCCCAGGGCGAAGUCUGGGGACUUCUAGCGGAUUGUUUUCUCCGCCCCCGCUGCCUGAUGGACUACCUGCUCCUCUUAUCAAACGCAUUGAGGACCUGCGGGCGGCCUCACGGCAGUUUGAUCAAGAGGGCAGGAAGAAAUUUUUCACCUUGGACAUGAAUAACAUUCUCCUGGAUAUCGAGCUGCAGGUUCAGGAGCAGCCUCCUGAGGUGCGUUUAGAUAUCUACUCACACAUGGAGGCAUUUGUGCCAUGCAACAAAGAAGCUCUCCUCAAACGCAUGAAGAAGCUUAGUCUCAACAUUCAGGAUGAUCGACUGCGGACGCCUCUGUUGAAGCUGAAGCUGGCGGUGUGCAGUGUGAUGCCAGAACAGAUUGCUAAAUACAACAUGGACUGCAUGGCCAAGGCUGCAAAGCAGCAGUCAGAAGAGGGCGAUAAAAAUGGCUCAGAGGAAGAAGAUGAGGAGAAGCCAGGGAAAAGGGUGAUGGGCCCUCGGAAGAAGUUUGUCUGGGAUGACAAGCUCAGGAACCUACUGUGCAGCCUGGUGCGAGUAAAGCUGAGCUGCUAUGAGAUGGAGAAUCAGUGCUCUCUGUCGGUGGAGGACUACCUCAAGGCCUUCUUAGAGAAUGAGGUCAAACCUCUGUGGCCCAAAGGCUGGAUGCAGGCCAGGAUUUUGUUGAAGGAGAGUCUUUCUGUUCACUGUCACCUCACUGGAAACCUAGUGAAGAAGAGAGUGGUGCCCGGGCCCAAGGCCAAAGCCAAGGAGGCUCUUUGGAUCCAAAAACCACCUCUCCCCAUGACCUCCACCACGUCUCAGCCCACCUACUCAUCCGCACUUAACUCCAACCGCCAACCUGGUUCAUCAUCCUCCCCCACAGAGCCCAUCUGUCUGUCGGACUCUCUGGAUGAGGACCUGACCGCUCCCUCUCUGGACUCCAUCUCCCACGCUCUGGCCCUCCUCAGCAAUGCCUCCAAAGGCCUGGGCCCCAUAGACAGCCCCUUGUCCCCUCCACCUUUGCAGAUCCCCACCUCCUCCCCCCCUCCUGUCACCCCUCACUACCCCUCAGCCUCUCAGCUCUCGGGCUCAUCCACAACACAGCAACAUUCCCAGUCUAGUGUGGAGACGGCUCAGCAGGCAGCUACGUCUGUUGGGAUUUUUUCCACUGCAUCAACGCUACAAACCUCUUCUUCUACCUCCUCGUCUCCUGCUGUCUCCUCCAUAGCUCGUGCUCAGGCAGCAGGUCUGUCACUGGCUUCCAGGACUGUAAACGGUCCCUACGGACCCAUCAAAGGGUCAAGCACUGUUGGCCAAUCCCAGACUCAGAGACUUGUUACCAUGGCAUCGCCCAAUCACAGACCGAGCUUGGUGAUUGCGGGAAGUGGUAAGUUGCAUCCACUUCCCUCACCAUCGCCACCAAAGCAGAGGCCUCCUCCCACAGCCUCCCCUCUGCUGCCCCCUCAUCAGAAGGGCUUUGUGAGUCCGGUGGGCAUGUUGGGAGCGAUGGGAGCCCCUCAAGGACUCGCAAAGAGCGGCAUUAAAGCCGGCGGCAUUAGCCUAAACGGCAGCACAGUGAGCAGCAGCCUCACACCCUCCUCCUCCCCCUCCUCACUGUCUCGCUCCAACUCCUCCACCCACCUGCAGUCCUUCUGCCCUCCCUCCCCCGUCGCCUCCUCUCCAUCCUCCACGUCACACUCCUCUCAGAACAAACCCCACACACACCAUCAUCCGCAGCCCAACUUCAUAACGCCGAUGCAGGCCACGCUCACCAAAUCCUCCCACAGCAACAACUCCUCCCCUAUCAUUAAGCUCACCCCGCGGCCUCCUGCACCCACUCCACCUCCCUCCUCCCCACCCUCCCCAUCAUCCUCCCCCUCUCACCCACUUUCUCAUCAGAUGGUACCCUCCCAACAGCAACAACAACAGUACUCCCCUAAAACUCCCAAAACUUUCCGGCCGCCCUUCAAUGUGUCUGCCUUCAGUGGAGGCCAGAAAGCUCAGUCGAUGAAGAGCAACAGUAGCAUCAACAACAACUCCAACAACAGUAAUAAGGGAGGGACAUCCACUGUCUGCAGUCUGCCAGACAAAACUCCCUCGUCUCCUGCACCAUCUGUUUCAGCCAAUCACGGGCAGAGGCAGAGGAUGGUGGGUGGGACUAACCAGAACUCAACAGGAAAUGGAUGGGCAGCUUCAGGAACUUUGCAGACGCCCUCAACAACGUCACACCUCUCACAGGUAUCUACAGCAGGAACCCUCCUGGGCAGCCCCUCUGCUCUGCCCCUGGGCUUUGGCAUGUUGGGAGGCCUGGUGCCCGUCUCGCUGCCCUUCCAGUUUCCCCCGUUGAUAAAUUUCAGCCCUCCAGGAGCGCCAGGGGCAGCUGGCAUGGGCUCAGGCCCCAGCUCCAACUCAGGAUACCCCCUAGCACAGAGCGACCUGAUGGAUCUCUAUAAGAGUCUCCAGUCAGGGUCACAGGCUGCCCUACCUCCUCACUUGCAGCUUGCUUUCUCAGAUGCCAACCAAAGCCAGGGUGGAGACAUAAAGAGGAAAUCCCACUGACCAAUAACAGCGCAGGACACCACAGCCUCCUGGACACACCCACCAAUAGGAAACUUUUUUUUGAUUGAUUGACAGAAUCAUUCGGUAUGCGGGGGCGGGGCUCCACUGCCUCUUUAGAUAAAAAUGGACCUAAAGGAGAAUCAGUUUAUACUCGCUACAAGUGGCAAUGAUGAAUUAAUUUAACGGUAUUUUCUAACAAACCGGGUAUGAGAACAAGACCGAGUGAAUGAUGAGAGAACUUUAUUUGUUCAGCGUAUUUUUAUUUUGUCAACAUGUUUACAUAUGACCGACCUUGAUCACUGUGGAAUGAGUGUGAGCGAGGUGGUGGUGGUACAGAUGAGAGAAGUGCUAUGCUACGUAAUAUAAUUUGUAUUUAAGCUUAUGUGGAAAAACAGGACUUUUGCUCUUGCAGUACAAAAGAAAAAAGAAAAACAGACUGAGUUAUGAUUUUUUUGUCUCAGAUGUGGGAAUCUUUGUGUCUGUAGAAUUUUUUUAUUGUUGGUCACCUCUGCUCCCACAAAUGACUGUUAAGUAGUAGCUUAAAUUAAUAUAAAUUAUUUGUAAUCUACACAGGGACAAACAUAUGUUAUGAUGAGUGUGUGUGAGCUGUGAGGAUGAUUUGAAUGUGUGUAUGUACAUAAAAAAACAAUAUACUGUUAAUUUCUUUCCAGAUUAUUCUGAAUGAAUGGUGAAGGAUGUGUUUUUCCCUUUUCACAAUAAUGAAAGAGUGUAAGUUUGGCGCCCCUCUCUUGCUUAGCGUGUUUUUGGUGCUGUUUCAUCACACUGGACCUUUUCUGGAAAAAAGACUUGAAUUGAAAACGUUUUGGGCUCCUCUUCUGGAGAGGGGAGCCGCCUGUAAGAGAGGGGGGGAAACGCCAAGAUUGUAGCCUACUUGAAUUGUUUUAUUUUUAUGAGUUAGGAUUUUUAAAUUUACUUUCUCUGCUUAAUAACUCAAACCAACUUAAUAUAACACAACGCCUUAGUUUAUAUUGAAAAAGUAUGAAAAAGAUCUAUGCAGGACUGUAAAACGCUCAAUGCAAAAGUGCAAGUCGUCGCUUGGCUUUCAACCUCUACUCAACUUGUCAGUGCAUUUCUGGAGUUGUGAAUGUUUGUAGAUGUUAUGUCAGAUGAGACUCCUUAUUUUUCUGGUGUGUGUUCAGACAGAGCACUAUGCAAUUUUCAGAAGCAGUGAGUAAAAGUGAACAAAGAGGAAAUAUUUCAGGCCUCAGUCAAACAUGCUAAUUUUCAGGAAGCUUAAUUUGUUGUGCUGAACGUGGACAUGCUAGUUUUUAUUUAAUUAUUGUGUCAUAAUUACAGUCAUAUGCCCCGCCCACAUGGCUUACCAAGAAUUUAAACAAGCCACAUUCAGAGGGAAUAGUUGUUUUUCAUCAUCAUAGAACAGAAAAGAAGGAUGGAGACAAACUAAAGAUUAAUUUAUUAGUUAAAGUAUCUUCCUUUUUUUAUAGGCUGUUGAGUCAAAAUGAGCGAGUUCAGAUAUCAAAUUUAAACAGACAUGGUAUGUUGUUACAAACACUUCAUAGCUAACAAGCUAAGCUUAGCUAAACUUCAUCUGAAUUUCCCACAUUGAACCACAAAUUUGAGAAUUAUUACCCUUGGUAGAGUUAAAGCUGUUUCCAUGCCCUUAACUGAAGUUGAAAUGCAUUUCCUUUCAUAUCAAGAGACUUGAAAAAAAUAUAACGUAUAUAAAUAUUUCUGAUCCUUUCUUUUACUUUAUGAGAGAAAGGUAAAAUAAACUGUUAAUAAGGGCUAUAGUUGUGUUGUGCUGGCAGUUGCAUGUAAAAAAGACAAUAAAAACCAUAGUACCUUUGAAUUAAUUUAAAAGCAACUUUAUGAUUUUGUUUUAAGAAAGUCUUCACAAAACAUAAAACAAGAGAAGAGCUCUUCAUAAAAGAGACAUAAAGUUAAAUGCAUUUUUUAUUUUUUUUGUGGCUAAUAUUGUAGCUAAACAGUCUGAAUUAUGCAAAAUUGAACCAACUCUGUUAAAUGCUGUUAAUUUUGUUCCCCUUCUGCUUAUAUAAUGAAAACGCUGCAGCCUUUUCUUUCUGAAUCUUCUUUAUUUUUUAAUUAGAUAAUAAACAUGGGAGGAAGUAGAAGAAAUGAAGUUUGCUGGUCAUUUGCCAAUAUUGGCGGUUUAAGCACAAAAGCACGUCAAAAGCUAACUUGCAGUUAUCGUGUUUAACUGAUGACUGAAGUAUUAAGCAUCAAUUACAGCAUGAAAAUCAAAAGUUGCUGUCUGUCUGAACACACCUUUAGAGACACCUCUCCUGUAUUGAAUACCUCCUUUGACAAAAACCGUUCUUCCCGGGUCUCUGGCUGUCCUCCCUCUGUGUGUGAGUGCUGCUGACCGGCUGCAUCAAGAACAGAGCCAAAGAUUGAUGUGUAGCUCAGUAAUGUUAGAUGGGGUGCAGCCAGUCAGUGUCUGCGUGCAUGUAAGAUCUUUCUUACAUUAUCUCCCUCUCAAAAUGUCAAAUCCAUCAGUGUCAACGUGUGGUUCAUCAGGAUGUCAUUGUAAAGUCAUGUUCUUGGAGCAGUGGGUGACAUCUUAUAAGUUGUGCUUUCUUUGAGGGUAGGGGAGGAUAAAAUGACAUUUCGUGAUUAACUGGUUGCAUAAUUUGGUCUUUUGUAGAUUAUUUUUGUGUGUCAAUUAUGAAAUUAAACAAAACAGGUGGUUUUCA